ACCCCUCUCAGUCUCUUCCUCUUCAUAUGUGUGUGCGUGUUAGCCUGUAUGUGUGUGUGUGUGUGUGCGUGCAAACAUUUGGUGCACAUAUAUUUUACAUGUAGCCUAUAGACUGUACAGUGUCUUGUUUUUAAGCGGUAUACAAACGCAUUGUCUAAAAACUCGUCACAAUUAUUACGAGUAAAACUCUAGAUCAACAUAUAUCCUUGCUACUACACUGUCAUCAUCGACGCUAUCGCUGUAGGUAUCAGUACCGUUCUCCUCGUCAUCGAAUCAUUGUUGUUGCCAUGUAGCAAUAAUUAAUGCCAAAAACUGAAAUAAUAACGUUUUAUACAAGUGAAUACAAGUGAUCUGUUCCUGUUGGUAUAUAUAGACUGCAGCAUCAAUUCAGCAUGUUUAUUGACUGUCUUUUUUGUUUCAAUUGUCUUGUCUGCUGUCAAGCUAAUCAAGCUCUUGAAAAAGUUCUCUAUUAGUCAAAAGUGUGUUGUACUUAUUCAUAUUGAGAUCGUUAUAAUUUUUAAUAUUAUAUUAUUGACAACUAUUACCGAUAUUACCAGCAAGACUUACUCGACAAUGCUUGUAAAAGCCGUAGAUAUUAUCGCAUGUAACCUUUUGGCCAUAAUGCAGUAAAUGGAAUUGUUCUGCAAAAUGGUCUUUCAUCAAGAAUUAUCAAAUACUGAUUAUCCAUGUCACAACAGUCUUUAACUUUUAUUACAGGCAUUUAACCUUGGAUCUAUACUACAUGGUAACAUGGGAUAACAGUAUAUUUUUUUAACAUAUACCAUACGCAAUAUAACAUAUUGUUCAUCUAUCAAUUUGCAGAUAGAAGAACAAUACUAUCUACAGAAUCAUUCUUCUUUUUUUAUAUUUGUUCUCUUAAAUGUUGUUAGUAUUAAUAUUAGACAACCAUUAUUACAUCAAACAUGCAGAGAUGUAUAAAUAUUGUAAUAUAUUAACGAUUUUUUAAGGAAACUUUUAGGUUGAUGAGGUUGAAAAUUGGUAAUAAAUCAUGGCUCGUCGUCGUAAAAACGACAAUAAAGUACCAAUAAAACAAGGACCAAAGUUUUCACUAAGAAAAUCCAAUCGACAAAAAGCAAAAAAGCAGCAGUUAGAAGAUGGAGGAGAAGUUGAUGAUAUUUUUACUCCUGAUAAUACAAAUAGUUGUAAAAAUUUCAUUAAUAGCGAAGAAUUGCCAACGAAAAUCGAAGAUUUAAAUAAGUCAAAAUUAUACAGUGAAUGCUUAAACAAAAAUAUAUCCACUGUGAAAAUUGAAAAUAAUUUAAAUAAACAAAAUUAUGAAAAUUAUUCAACUAUAAAUAUAGGUUCAAUUGAUAAACUUGAAAGUGAUAAACCAACAAUUGUUGAUGAGAAUAUUUUAAAUACAGCACUUUCUUCUGAUGAAAUAGAAGAAACUACUAUUUAUGAAGAAAUGGAAAUUGAAACUGAAUCCACAGUUGAAAGCUCUGUUAUACCAAACAAAAAUACAUCAAACCAAGUAUCAUUUAUAAAUGACACUCAACUCAAAGAGAAAAAUACUUUUGAAUUUUCUGCAAAUAAAAUAACAAAAGAUUCUAGAAUGGUCACAUCAGAGCACUUUGAAAAAUCAUUAUUGUUAAAUAGUGAAUGUACCAAUUCUAAUAGUUAUCAAAUGGUAGAAGAAGGUUUGAGUGGACUACAUGUGACUGAAAUUCAUGACUCUAUAAAAAGUCCUGUAUUGACAAUAGUUGAAGUAAAUUGUAGAACUAGUCAUGCACCAUUUAAUAACUUUAAUGGCAAUUUGGAAAUUUCCUCCCAAGUAGAUAAUAAAAAAAUUGUAAAAAAUGCAAAAGCUAAAAAAUUUGUCAGUGCAUUAAUGAAAAGCAACAAUAAAAAAGAAAAUGAAGGUAACAGUAUUGAUCAAAGUUUUGAUACAGAAAUUAAAGAAAAAAUAAUGAAAAGUUCAUCGAAACAAGCUGAACAAAGCUUGUUGCUAUCUCAUGAACUAGAAACUAAAAAUAAAUCUAACAUAAAACAUAAUGGCACAUUAAUAAUUAAUGAGAUUUCAUUGGAAAAAGAUGAUGGUAAAUUUCUUUCAACUCUAACUAAUAAAAGGUUAAUUAAAGAACAUUCCACAGAUAGUGAAAUAAAUAGUAAAAUGGACUUUGAAGAUUCAAAGUUAUCUAGCAGCAGUGAAAGUAGUACUGAUACAUUAUUGCCUAAAACUUGUGGAUUGUCGGAUUUAAAUAUUAAGGGCGAGUCAGACAAACAAUGUGAGAUUAAUGAUGAAAAGACAGAAAUAAGGAAUAAAAAUGAGGAUACCAUAAAAUCAGAUAGUGGAUCCAAUCAUUCAGGUGUACGUCGUAGUAAUAGAAUUAAGCACAUUGGCUUGCAAAAACAAAAAUCUUGUGGCAGAGGAUUAGUCAUAAAACCAAUUCAAGAAUCCCAGAAAGUAUCUAUUUCAGACAGUCUCAUAAAUAAUGCUGUUGUGAUGCCAGAACAGCAUCAUGGAAGUGAAAUUACAAAAAGAAUGAAAAAUCUAAUUCAAACACAGUUAGACAAAUCAAAUUACAAAUGUCCCACGAUAGAUAACUUCCCUAGUGUAAUUCAUUGCGAUUCUAAUACAAAUAAACCUGUAAAAGUGAAAUCUCGCUGGCGAAGAUCGAGUGAAUUGGAAAUGAGUAACAAUACUUCAUGGUCAGCAUCACAACAAUCAUCAAAUAUCAGUUCUGCAGGAAAUGAUGUUUCAGUUGAAGAUAGUUUCAGUAAUAGUACAGCCAUUAAGGAAUUGAAUUGUAAUAUAGACCCUCUGCGAUUACCAUCAGCUCUAUUAAAGCAAGAGUCUGACCAAACAACAAUCUCAACCGAGGACAGUGUUACUUGUAAAAUUAUCACAUUUACACUGGUCAAUAACCUAUCACAAAAUGUUUCAAUCAUCCCUAAUAAUAUAGGAGCAAAACCACUUCCCAUGAUACCUGAGGUCGAUAGAGAAAUGGAAGAAAGAUUGAGGCAAUUCGAACAUUUGAGAGAAAAUUUAUAUUUGACAGAGCGGUAUACUAACAAAGAAACAAAACGAAUGGUUUGCGAUUGUUUCUUAACUGAGGAGGAAAUUCAACGUGGAGAACUUGGCUGUGGGGAAGAUUGUCUAAAUAGGCUCUUGAUGAUUGAAUGCGGAUCCAGAUGUAUCGUUGGCGAUAGAUGUACAAAUAGACGAUUUCAAAAUUGCAAUUAUGCUAAGUGUGAAGUUUUUCGUACAGAGAAAAAAGGCUUUGGUUUAAGAGCUAUUACUGAUUUGAACGCAGGAGAAUUUAUAAUGGAGUAUGUUGGUGAAGUAGUCGAUUCAAGAGGCUUUAGAAAAAGAGCAAAAGAGUAUUCUAAGGAUAAAAAUCGACAUUACUAUUUUAUGGCUUUGAAAUCUGAUCAAAUUAUCGAUGCAACCAUGAAAGGAAAUAUAUCAAGAUUCAUUAACCAUAGCUGUGAUCCUAAUGCUGAAACUCAAAAAUGGACUGUAAAUGGAGAGUUGCGUAUUGGAUUCUUCAAUAAAAAAUUUGUAGCAGCUGGAGAGGAAAUAACUUUUGAUUAUCAUUUUCAAAGAUACGGUAAAGAAGCACAAAAGUGUUUUUGUGAGGCGACUAACUGUCGUGGCUGGAUCGGUGACAAUCCCGAAGAUAGCAAAACGAAUGCAGAAUGCAGGAAACACGAUAAGGAGGACGACGAGGACGACGAGGACGACGAUGACGACGACGAUGACGACGAAGACGGAGAGGACAAUGACGAAGAUGACAAUGACAGCAAUAAAGAAAGUGGACUUAAAGAAAAGAAAAAGGAGGAUAAAAAAGAAAAGGCAGAGAGACAAACGAAAAGAAAUAAGCGCGAAGAUAAAAAAAUUAUUGACCACAUGGAAGAUGAGGAUUUGGAGGAACAAAUCGAUAGAUUGUGCGCCAGUGGACUGAAGAAUCGAGCUCACACUCUAACGUUGAGUCGACUGAUGGUCCGGUGCAGGGAACUGCAGCACAGGAGGCGGUUACUCGAGGUCAUUCGGUCGGGCGAGCAGCCCUGCCGCAGACUAUUCUUGGACUACCAUGGUCUGAGACUAAUGUGGAGCUACAUGAUGGAUGUCGCUGGCAGCGACAGUGAGGAGGCUCAGCAGUUCAGAUCCGAAAUCGUCAGAACUCUAGCAACGCUGCCGAUCCCAAAUCGAACUAUGCUGAUCGACAGCAAGGUGCUCAGUGUCGUCGAGAAGUGGUCGAAGCAACUCUGUCACUCGCCGAGCGUGGAUUCUCCGAACGAGGAGGUCGAGAUGAAAGAGGCGGCCGGUGACAAAGACUCGAGCGUCGAGACGACAAUGGUCGUGGCGGAACAGUGGUCACUGCUGUCCGAGCUGGCUGGUAACCUGCUGGAGAGCUGGUCAAAUUUGAAGGAAGUUUUCCGGAUACCAAAGAAGGAGCGUUUGGAGCAAAUGAAGGAGCACGAGCGAGAAGCAGAUCGAGGAUACAAGGAGGAUGCGGAGCGGGAAGCCCGGGAGACGCUGUCUUACGAGAGGCACCGGGCUGAGCGUCACCGCGGAGGCGGUGAGUCGGAUAAGCGGCCGGAGCGACGACGAGGCCCCGAGUCGCUGGACCUGGUGCAGGUCCCCCGCAUGAGCAAGUUCGAACGCCGUCAGCUAUUCGCCCUGAAGGUAGCCCAGGAGGAGGAGGAGCGCCAGCGUCGCCAGCAGGAGGAGCUCUGGCAGCAGCACCAGGCCCAAUGUCUGGCCCUGGGUCUGGAUCCGCAGGCUACUGCUGCCCUGGACCCGCAAUCGGGGUACCCGCUGCUCCUCGAGUCGCAGUUGGUCCAGUGGUCGAGCUUCGCUGGAGCGGCCGAGCAGCAGUCGCGACAGCCGGGGCUUGCGCAGCGGCAGUCGGCACUUGACGGACCUGAAGCCUUGGUCCCGGCCGUGGCCGACUUGGAACAGCCGCCGCCCGCCCUCGACCUGCCGCCCAAAUGGCGCUGGGCUCGCGAUAAGCGCGGCCGCGUCUACUACUACCAUGCGCGUGAGCGCGUGUCCCAGUGGUUGCCCCCGCCACCUGACCACAUCGGCCUGCAGCCGGACUCGGGGCCCGAUUCGUCCAGCGAUGAGAGCAGCGAUGCGUCGUCCUCGUCGCGCGAUAACGACGAGAACGACGAGGAAGAGACCGCCGGUUGCGCACCCACGGUCGACGAACGCGACGAACCGGACGACGAGGACGGUCUCGUUGACGAGCUGCUGGUCGAUGAGCAGCCGCAGCUCAGACAACCCGACAGCAUGGACCUGGACGCACCACAACCCCCCAGAACCGAUGCCCGGCGACGCAGAGAUGGUCUCGUGCAGGAGAGGAUCAUUAGCCCGCGUAGGGAUGAGGACCGCAUUGACUACAGCAAGUUCAAGGAGCUUAAGGACAAGCUCCGUCGCCAAAAGGAUAAGUCCAGGCUGAAGGAGCAGUCGGACAAGCUACGCAAACACCGCCGCAGCCUUAAGUCCAAGUCGCAUGCCAAACAGAGCGGCUUGGCCAAGUCGUUUCAAAGCGUCACUUCUGACAUGUCUCCCACAAGCGAGCGUAAGAUCAAGGAUACUUUCCGAAUCAACAUGGCCCACGUUAUGGUCCAUUUCCUCAACCCUUACAGAAAGAAUGAUUGCAAACAAGGCCGAAUUACCAACACUGAAGAUUUCAAAUAUUUGGCGCGCAAGUUGACGCAUUUUGUGCUGGCCAAAGAAUUGAAGCAUUGCAAAAGUGUUGAUGAACUCGAAUGCAAUGACAAUGUUAAACACAAAGCUAAGGAUUUCGUAAGGAAAUAUAUGAACAAAUUUGGCGCUGCCUAUCAAAGAGAUAAAGAUGAAGAUUAAUUCAAAUUAUCAUGAAAAAAUGUCAUUUUUCAUACUACGUCAAAUUCGUCAUCAAAAACAAAAUUAAAUCAACACUAUUGUUGUAUUUACGUCUAUAAAAGAAUGCAAAAAGGACACUGUAUAUUAUAAUCACUUUUUAUGAUGGAUAUUGGAAUAUAAAUACUACGAAUAAUAUUAUUUAAUGCUUCUAUUUUUAAUUUCAAAAUUUAUACAAAUUGAUGAUUUUAUUAAUCCUUCCACACCACUAGAUAGCGCAUAAAAAUAUACAUAGUAACAUAAAAACAGUACGUAUGAAUACUUUGUCCGUUUAAUAUUACAAAUUUGUAACCUCAGUUUUAUUUGAGCACAGUAUAUUCUGGACUUUUACCAAAAUCAAUUAAUUUUUUUCUCAACAUUCAUUUCAGUCGCGCAAAACGCAGUCACUGUGUAAAAAUGUUUAACGUUAUUCUGUCUAAUAUUUAUAUUUCUAUAUGCCAAUUAGUAACGUGGAAGGUCUAAAAUAUGUAGGAACUUUUUCUUAAUCUUAUUUUGUAAGUUGUUUACAUUAAUAUCGAGGUUUAUUUAUAAAAAACUAUUAGAAAUUUGCUGUCUAUUUAGUAAUUUUUACGUAAACAUACUGAUUCAAGCAUAACAUUUUUAAUUAAUUUCCUCAAUCACAAAUAUCUUGAACUUCAAUUUUAACUGCUUCAAAGAAUUUGCAAAUUAAUUUUGUAAAAGAAAUUAACAGCAGCAUACAGGAGAUGAGAGCGUUAAAUGUGAAAUUACGUAAGAAGCUCAUGGCACAACUUUUCAUAGCUGACAUCACUUGCUGUACUCCCAUCGCAUCCAGAAGUGGGUUUAAGAACAAAGUAAAUACAUCAGAUUUUUAUCGUAUGAUCGUUUUCACUCCACUGAUUGCGUUAUUUUCUUGACUAAAUGAUUAUUUUUGUAAACAUUAAAACUUGUUUGUCGAUUAUACUUUGCAUUAAACUUUACCAUGUAUUAAUUAUUCAUUUCCUUAUUUGGUACGACGGCAGUGUUGAAAAAUAAUGAUGAUCCGUGAAUAAAUAAUUCAACCUUCGUAGUAUGUGUACAUAUUGACGUUUUUUUCUCGCAUAUCUACUUGAUUGACUUUUCUUUUAACAAUUUUAACCAAAUGAAAUAAAUCAGUAUUGGCCGUAUGAACAUAGCUAUUGAAAUGCAAAUAAAUUGAUUGCCAUUACAACAGUAAUAAAUUU